AUGGGAGCAUCGGAGAGUGAAAGAUGCCAACGGGUGCACUCUGCUGAACCGUGCCGUAGCGAUCGGUCGCAAACCACUGGUCGCUCAGCUGCUCCAGAUCGGCGCCAAUCCAAACAUUGCCAACAACAUCGGUGUCACUCCGAUACUGAACGCAGUGCUCAACAACGACGAGGAGAUGGUUUCGCUGUUGUUACGCAACGGCGCCAAUCCCAAUGUCGUGUCGGACGCCGGCGUCACUCCGCUUGGUGUCGCCGUCAAGUCGGGCGACGAAAAAUCGGUGUCGACGUCAACUUUUGCGAUCACAAGAGUUCAAAGAUGACUGCGCUGAUGUGGGCAGCUAGCGAGGGAGACGACAUUCUCACGCGAUUCCUACUGAAUGUGGGCGCCGACGUCAAUCGUCGUGAUACAUCGGGUCGCACAGCCAUCUUCAUGGCCAAAGCAAACGGACAUCUCUCCACGGUGAACAUGUUAAACGACCACUUUUGUAAGGUGAAUAAAGUCGCCAAGAUAGUCAGUUCAGUCUCGAAUACCUGUGUUAGUUUACACCAACAUCAUAGUAAUAAUAACAAUAACAAUAACAAUAAUAAUAACAACAUAGCACUUCAACAUCAACAAUUAAAUACCAAUAUUAUAACAACUGCAGCAUCUGUAGCAACAACAACAAUUAUAACAAAUAGUAAUAAUAAUAAUAAUAAUAACAAUAGUAGUAGUAUAGUCAACAAUAUUAACAAUAAUAAUCAAACAAAUAAUACAACAGCAACCAAUCCAAUUCAUAAUAAUAACAAUACUAGUAAUGUAAAUAAUCAUACGGGAACCGAUAGUUUGGCAUCUUCAUGGUCAAGUUUAGAUUCAGGUUCUGUAUUCAAUCCUUCACAGCCAUCUAUUAUUGUUACCAACAACACCACCAGUAUUGAUAAUUCACAGGAUUCCAACAUUAAUAAUAACAGUAGUAUUAAUGGACUCUCAACUUUAAAUAGUAAUGGUAAUGGUGGUGGUGGUGGUAGUAGUACAAUCAAUAGUGGUAACAACAACAACAACAACAACAACAACAACAACAACAACAACAACAACAUCAACAAUAGCAGUGAUAUUAUAAUCAAUAGCAGUAGUAAUAGUAUACCACACAAUGUAUCAAAUAAUAAUUUAUUAAAUAUAAUCACAACAACAACUACAACCACAACUACAACGACAAACAACAACAACAAUAUUAAUAAUAAUCAUAAUAAAUUUAAUAGUACAAUUCAACAUAAAAGAGAACAUAGUAAUCUACACAGCACGAUUUCAAGCAGUUCGAGAGGAGACGAUAAAUAUUGUAAGGUUUGUUGGGAGAGACCUGCCGAUUCUGUUUUACUCUGGUGCGGUCACUAUGCAAUUUGUAUCUAUUGUUCACAGUUCCUUCAAGUUUGCCCAAUAAAUCAAUAA